AUGGAGAAAUCGGUUCGACUGCUGAGAACAGGACCACGCUCACCCAAUAUUGAAACUAAUGCAAGGUUCUCCAACGACAGUGUAGGUUGUAUCGAAUGGGUCAAAGUUAUGGUACUUAUUUCGGCUACAAAUCAACUGCACCGCGUCAGCAAUCACAGUGUUGCUCCUCCACCGAUAAGACACUCUAUCCUCCACAGCUAUGGACAAGUCUCAGAUGAUAUAUUCCUGCCUGGACUUGGUCAAAGGCGCUUGAAACUGCGUGGGAGGACAGGGCUUAGACGAACCGAUUGGCUAAAAGCCGGACAGACGUUGGCGCUCGUCCAUCUCUCCCAAAAGUGUCGUCUUGCCGGUGCAACUGUGCCAUCAGUUUCACAUGCCUCCCACAUUCAGUCUCACUAUCCUUCUGUUGGUAUUCCUCUCUGUUUGCCUAUCCUUAAGCUAGACUUGAUGCUUACGUACUUUUCCAUCCCUCGUCCAGCUGAUUUGUCUGGUGCACACUUUUCUGUUCAGUCGUCUGUCCAUUCCUCUCUACAUCUCCCUAAAUCGUGGUGCAUCGAUUCUGCCAGCAGAAGGUUUCCUAGCAGUGAGAAAGUCACAAAUGCAGCCUUUUUUGUGAAAGUAAUGACGGCCACAGCUCGAGCCUUUUUGCAUUCCGAGCUCGAGAGACGGUCAGGAAUGCCCCUUUACAGCGUUACAUUCGAAUGCUUAGUGCUCAUUUUCGGCUUAGCCCCACUUUGGCCCACCUCCUUUGCGGACUAUCCAUCGUCCGGUAUGCUCUGUCCCCAGGGCUACUGGGCCAGCCGGGUCAACACCAGUGGAGGUCCAUAUGGCACAGAUCGUACCUACGAAUUGCUCUAUGGACCCACCACCAAUGAACCCAUCUGUCGAUUUUGUCCAGAUGUUGGCUGUUUCAUUGUGAAGACCGAGAAGCGCAUCAUCAAGCCUUGGUACAGCUCCCCUCAAUCGACUACUCGCAAGACCCCAGGUCAGACUCGUGUCAGGACUCUGAUACAGAACACAACGAAUAGGGAAGAAGGAAGAAAAACCGGACUGCCGACCGACGAGGCCGGUGGAGAACAGGGGACAGGACUUGCCAGUGGUGAGAAAAAGGAUAUACAUUCCGAGGCAAAGAUCAAUAAUGAAGAGGUGCAGGAAGAAGAAAAGGAGAUAUCCACUACACCAUCAUUUAGGGAAACGGAGUGGGAGAGCCAAGAGUGGGAGGAAGAGGAAGAGUUG